GGAGUUUUUCAUCUCAGUUUGAGCAAAAGACUCAGUCAACUUCUUGGAUCUUUAAAUGUCUAGUUUUGAUGAAAAUGUUGCUGUAAUGGGAGAAUGGGUGCCUUGUAAUCCUAUCUCCAAACGUGUUCUUGAAAGAGAGCUAUCUUUGAAUCAUGGCCAAGUUACUAGUAACAACAACAAGGAUGCGUCACAAACCAACAACAUUUCACGAGGUGGUUUAAGUGAAAGAAUAUCUGCUAGAGCUGGAUUCAACACUCCGAGGUUAAACACUGAGAACAUCCGCUCUAACACCGACUCUUCUAGUCUUCGUUCUCCUUACUUAACCAUCUCUUCUCCUGGCCUUAGCCCUGCAACGCUCUUGGAAUCUCCUGUUUUCCUCACUAACUCACUGGCUCAACCGUCACCAACUACAGGGAAAUUUCAAUUUCUUCCGGGUUUUAACAGUAAUGGAUUGUCUUCUUCUGUUGCUUCUGAUAAAGAGAAGGACGAGUUCUUUGAUGGCAUUGGAGCAUCAUUCACAUUCCCUCCUGUUUCAACAACAUCCUCUUCCUCUUUCUUCCAAGGCUCAACAACAGAGAUGAUCCCAGUUGAUUAUGGUAACUACACAAACAUAACUUCUCAUCAGUCCCUAGAAGAAGAUGUAAAACUCUGUUCUGAACAGAGGUUGCCAUCUGAUGCCAUAACAAACACUGUUGAUCAUCAAGUAGAAGAGGAAGAAGAGCAAAGAGGUGGUGAUUCGAUGGCUGCUGGUGGUGCACCUGCAGAGGAUGGAUAUAACUGGAGAAAAUACGGACAAAAGCCGAUUAAAGGAAGUGAGUAUCCACGAAGUUAUUACAAGUGCACAACCCCUAACUGUGAAGUGAAGAAGAAAGUGGAAAGAUCAAGAGAAGGUCACAUUACUGAGAUUAUAUACAAAGGAGCUCAUAACCACUCCAAGCCUCCACCUAAUCGCCGCUCAGGAACUGAACAAGCUGAACAACAACAGCAGCAGCAGCAGCAGCAGAGAGAUAACGCUGGAACAUGGGUUAGUUGUAAUAACACUCAGCGACAAGUUGAAAGCAAUGAGAACCAUGUAGAAGGAUUGACUCAGGUUCAAACCGGAGGUCAGUUUGAGUCAGAUGAUGGUAGUAAUGGUGGUGUAAUCAUGGUGGAUCCUUCGUCAACAUUCUCUAAUGAUGAAGAUGAUGGAGGGACUCAUGGGAGUGUUUCUUUGGGAUAUGAUGAAGAUGGAGAAGGAGAUGAAUCCGAAUCGAAGAGAAGGAAACUUGAAGCUUACGCAAUAGAGAUGAGUGGAGCAACAAGAUCGAUACGUGAGCCAAGGGUCGUUGUGCAAACAACGAGUGAUGUUGACAUUCUUGACGAUGGCUAUCGCUGGCGAAAGUAUGGUCAGAAAGUUGUCAAAGGCAAUCCAAACCCGAGGAGUUACUACAAAUGCACAGCUCCUGGAUGUACAGUGAGAAAACACGUAGAGAGAGCUUCUCAUGAUCUUAAAUCCGUUAUAACCACUUACGAAGGCAAACACGACCACGACGUUCCCGCCGCACGCAACAGUAGUCACGGUGGCGGUGGAAACGGUAACAACGGCGUUUCAGCUGCUCAAACCAACCAUUACCAAGAGCCUCCACGUGGCAGAUACGACAGACAACUCAACCAGUCGUCUCAGUUUGGACGUCCGUUUAGCUUCCAGCCUCAUUUGGGUCCUCCUUCCGGUUUUUCUUUCGGUUUAGGACAAACCGGUUUAGGUAAUCUUUCGAUACCUGGUUUAGUGUUUGGUCAAGGGAAGAUGCCGGGUUUGCCUCACCCGUAUAUUAUGAGUCACCCGGUUGGGAUGGGUGAAGCGAUGAUGCAGAGAGGGAUGGAGCCUAAGGUUGAACCGGGUUCGGAAACCGGACAAUCGGUAUAUAACCAGAUAAUGAGUAGAUUACCACAGAUUUGAAAGUUUACCCUAUUUUCUUUUGCAUUUGCUUAUACAUAGUAACAUUUUAAGUUUCUGUUUCAUUUUCUUUAAUUUAUUGGUUUGAAACACUGGGGAAGGUUAAACGCUGUUACCAUUUUCAUUCUUUUGUUGUCUUUCUUUCCCCCAGAAAUGAUACAAGGUAGUGAAAUGGUUAUAUUUAGAGAGGCA